AUAUUUACUAUAACCCUUGGACCGAUUUAGAUUUUGAUCAAAUUGAUCAAAAACCUAUACCUGAUGUUUUACCUAUAGAAGAAAAUCUACCAACUGAACAAGAAGCAUUACAAUCUAUAUUUAUACCAUCUGACAAUACUGAGGAUAUAGAUGAUAAUCAAGACCCAUGGGAAAUAGAUAAAGAAUCUGUAAUUGCCUCUGGUCAAGCUCCAAGAUAUAAUCUUGAUGAUGAACUAUCUGACAAAUGGAAUCUUGAUUCUUCAGAUGAAGAGAGCCUCUAUUCAAUUCCUAGAAGAAACAAAGAACCUCCUACUUACUAUAUCAAGGAUCUAAUUGAUAUUAGAUUGAAUCAGAUCCAAUAUUUAUUAAAACUUAGAAUUAAUCAUUCUAGAUUAAAAAAAGUUUUGUUUAUAUUAGGUGAUAUGCAGCACUUUUUAUAUCCUAAUCUACCUCAUCCUCUUCAAAACUUAAAUAGAGAUUUCUACAAACUCUAUGAGGCUAAAACUAAGAAAGCUCAGGAUAGAUUACUUAAACAAGUUCAGAGAAAAGUUAAACUUUGUCAAAACAUAAAAAUUAAAGGAUUUGUAUUGACAGAAAA